AUGCAGCUAGUGGAUCUUCUUCUUUCACCUCCCGAUGUAGACGUGAAUGCCCUGAACGAUGAAGGCAUGACUGCACUUGAUAUAGCAUCUGCGGCUCCUCAAGACAACCCCAAUUCUGCCCACAUCAUACGGAGACUGAGAGAUAUAGGAGCUUCUCGAUCGGGUGUCGUACCAAAAUCUAGUACAAAAUCUGAUGGCUCAAAGAAAGAGAUAGACUCAGACACUGUUAAUACACAUAUGGUAGUUGCAUCACUGAUUGCCACUGUCACAUUUGCAGCCAUCUUUCAAAUCCCGGGUGGGAUUGAGGAUGAUAAAGACAGUAUACACUAUGGAGCUGCGAAGCUCGCAUUUAGUAAAGCUCUCAGAUUGUUCUUAUUCUCCAACACCGCGGCAUUCACCUCUUCCCUUACAGUGGUUGCCGGGUGGUUACUUCGACAAAACUUGAAAUACAGAUAUUUGGGGAACUCACUUAUACAUAUUCUAUCCGAGUCCUCGGAGGGGUGUUUGCUAGUCUCAAUCUUUUGGACAGUGGUAGCAUUUGUGAGUGCCACCAUUACUGUCAUAAUGCCUCGUAAUAUUGACAGCUUAAAAAGUAAGGAUAUCAAGGCCUUCUCGAAUUAUGAACGCCUCUGGCGGUACGAGAUCUCUCUCACAACCUUCAUACCAUUUUGUGUUGCAUUCAUGUGUUUGGCUAUGUUAUCAGUAUUUCGGGAAAAGAAACUUUCUAUCUCGAAGCCUAACACCAGCGUUUUAUUUUCCGUCUAUGUUGUGAUACAUAUGAUCCUUGUUGUUGCCUUCACUUUAUAUGAGUGA